AUGAGGAAGUCCAUGGAUAUGGAGCUUAAGAACAAACCUGGAAAGAUAAGUAUCCCCAAAAGGUUCAUCUUCUCAGGAAUAAAGCCCAUUGACAAUUCAGAUUACCCACACUGUUGUGAUCUCUUACGAAAAAUGAACAUGCCUUUUGUGAAAGGUUUUGAGGACAGACAUAACCAUGGCAGAUUUGAAAAGAAAUGCAGCCCUGCUUUUUUGAAAUUUCAUCCUUACCCACCUUCAGUCCUGCCAGACUACAAUUCCCACUACCCUUAUCCCCCACCAUUUGGGCAGGAUUAUCCAUUAUUUCCACUUCGUGAUGAUGUGCCACUAGGUGAUCCCUGUUCAGGAUUUAUGAGUCCUGGUGGCGAUGCUGAUUUAAAGCCUGACAUCGGCAAAACCAUACCAAAUCUUGUGAGUUUCCAUGAUGUGAAACCUCAAAAUAGAAUCCCUAGACCAGACACAGGAUUUCAAACAGUAGUAAAAAGACAAACAAUUCUAUCAGAAGAACUGCAACAGGACAGGAGAUGGAACUCCAGGAAACUACCAGACAUUUCCAUCAGAGCAAGACUUGGAGGUUGGACAAGCGGAGUGAAAGUAACUCCUUUAGCAUCUCAUCAUGAUCCAUGCUCGAUAAAUCACACAUACACAUUUGAUGAGGAGGCAGCAUGUACAGAUGAUGGUGAACCACUUGUUCAACUAAACAAGAAAUAUAGUACAAAGGAUUCAUUUUACAAAUCCUCAACACAGAAAGCUUAUGAAACUGUACCUUGGGAUAAGAUGCUGCCACCAAAAUUGGAUCCAGAAGAAACAACAGUAGAAAAAGCUGCAGACCUCAUCUCGCAGUGUUUCACACUGAAAAGAUAUGAAAAUGCACCAGCCAUAACUCGGAUGGUCGGUGGACUCUGGGACAGAUUUCAGACAAGAUUGUUCUCUGCACCAGUCAAACCAGUCUAUUUUAUGACUCCCAGUUUUAGAAGUAAAUACAUUCCUCUCUAUACAUAAGUACUUGGUCAUGUACAAAGUACAAAUGCUGACAAUGUGGACAACCCCUUUGGAGACAGGACAUCCACAGCCAAGCCUCGGCACUCUAAACUGCACUAUACAAAUACAAGUCGGGCUGCAAAUAUUCCAGGAUACACUGGCAAGGUUCAUUUCACAGCCACCCACCCAGCAAAUUCUAAUAUUCCAUCAACAACCCCAUCGUCAGAUUCAGAGCUGAACCGUAUCUUGCUGCAAGAAAUGCAAGUUGACCUCUUCCGUCACCAGGCCCCAAUGUCCCGAAUGGUCACUACCGUGAAGCCCUACAACCCCUUCAAAAGGAAACAGUAG